GAGAACGCCGCCGCCGGUUGCGAGAGAGAGGCAGGGCCAGCAGUUUCCUCCAGUUCGGUGUCGACCGCCUAGCUGAGUGGCGUCUGUUCGUAAGUUGUUCGCGUUUCGCCGCGUCGCGGGAAUGCUAUUGCUCUCUGACAUUGCCUGCCGCUCGCCAGCCGAGGAAUUCUACUCGAAAGGUCAGGCACGCUGUAGCUCUCGGUACGACUUCACGGUGACCUAUUGAGGAUUCCGAACUGGGGUGCGGUGUUGUUUUUUUUUGUGGAUAACAGGGUUCGGUAUCCUAUUUGGUACACUCGAAGACUUCCGUUUAACACUCUAAGUUCGUUGGGCAGUGGUGAAAUUACUUUUAGUGUGAUCCUGUGAUGUCCUACGCCUCGUCCAGGUAACAAGCCACGAUGAAGGGCGACCAGGAAAGCGCCUGCAGCGAACCACCCAACACCAAGAAGGGCUCGAUCACCGAGGGCCUCUUGAUGGUGCCCAAGACCGUGGGGAACCUCCUCAAACACAAACGAGCCGGGUCCACCGGCACCACGGGCGACGAGUCCUACACCACCGACGAAGAAGACAACGUCGACAUCGACGAGCCGGACAUCACCAUCAGGGACCACGUCACAAGGAAGCUCUUCAACGACCACGACCCCGGCACCUUCGGUUCCUUCUCCGACAUCGCCACCAUAACCGAUAAGGUUAGGCACCUGGGUGUGAUGCACAGGAACAGCUCGGACAGUUCGGUGUACAGCGACCUGGGCAUUGAGAAAUGCACUGAUGAGCUCGCCGCUUACGACGAGAUAUCCGGGUAUGAGAUGAAGGACAACGACAGCGACACCAAGAGCGGUGCUAGCGGCGAUCAGAUCGACUGGUCUAGGUCCGUGGUGGAGGUCAAGGAACAGGCCUUUCUCAGGCUGCAGAACGAGCUGAAGGAAGCCAAUAAGGAGCUCAAGUUGAGGGAUCAGGAAUUGACGAGGCUCAGCAGGAUCAGGCAGGACGUGGAGGCCGAGUUGGAAGAUCUGACGGCAAGUUUGUUUCAG